CGACCCCGCGCAAGCAGUUCUUCCACAGCCACUCACUCACUCUCCUAUCAGAACAAAACAAAUCAAAAACGAACAGAAAGAAAGGGAAGAAGAAGAAGAUGAGCCGAGACUCGACCAAAACCGACAGAUUCGAAGACCUCGAGCUGCGCACGUCGCUGAUUGCAUUCGACCACUCGCGCGGGUACCGGAAGCAAGUACUUUCCGACCUCGCGCGGAAGGCUGCCGGGUUGCGGGUUUUUGCUGUUAGUGUUGAUCAGUUUUUUGAGCUGUGGCGGAGACGGAGGAGAGGGAGGGGGGAGAUGAGUGAGGAGGAGGAGAAGAGGGAGGUGGCGGGGGCGUGGAUGGAUGUGUAUACUGGGAUCAGCUUUGAAGCCGCGUACGUGAGACUGCAGCUUGAGGUCGUGGACGGACAGUUGAGGGUGCGGGAGAAGCUUAGUGUUGGGGUGCAGUGGUUUUCGCUGAUGUUGAUGGACGCGGUCGAGGAGUUUGAGUCUGUCGUGCCGCUUCUGUUUACGUCGGUGAGGAAGUACAGUCGAGAAGAAGAGGAGACGGUUGAGAAGAUGGAUGAGGACGUGCGAGCGCUUUAUAUCUCGACAGAGGCGGAAAUACAGGAACGGCAGAGGUUUGGAGAUAUCACGAAUCACUUCUCUGCGUCCAGGACUACUCAAGAUGAUACAGCGAAUCGCUCGACUGGAUCACUGGUGCCAAAUCUGAUGAAACGGUUCCCGCGCCCGGGGGUCGAGCAGGUCAUAGACCGGUACUCGAACACACGAGCACUUUGCCUCAGCAGCCGCGAUGCCAAACACUUUCUGCUCGCAGUUUAUUUCCACAGUUCAGCGGUGUCAAACAUCAUCCUCGGCUUUGCAAUCAGAGACUAUCCAUCUCUCACGCAUCGCCAUACGGAAUUCCUCGCCGUCCUCUACGCGCUGCGCGAGAUGACGCCCGACGAUGACCACGAGAUUUCAAUCGAGACCAGCGCGCCGGCUUGUGAAAGCCUACUACGAUCGCUAAAUCAACCACCAUCGUUCACCGAGCCCGAGACUACCGCAACAGCAGAAAACGAAGAAGGAGAAGGAGAAACCCCGCUGCUGAAAGAGAUAGUGCUGCACAUCCUCCUCCGCCGCAGCCGCGGACAACGGGUCUCGAUCGCUGCGUAUAACUCUCUGGAUAAAGAGGUGGUCGGAGUGAAGCAGUUGAUGAGAAGUGUUUCUGUGCAGGGUGGUGAUCAAGGGUGUUGUUUGAGGGGGUUCAAGAGAUCGGUUGUAUGCUGA